AGUUACUACGUACUCGAUACCGAAAAAUCGGUAUGUCCAAAUGUUCGUGAAGUCCUUAGCUUAUUUCAGUCAGAAGCGAUGUACCUCGUGCUUAGCCAGCUUACAGGGGUCAAGUUUCACCCGUUGUUUAAUGAAAACGAGCAACUUGCUACGUCAUCAGCCGGUGACCUGGCAUCGCCGAAUGACACAGAAUCAGAUGUCGACAGUCAAGGCAUUUUCGAUGAUGGUGUUGCCACGGAACAGCUCGGUAAACGUGCCGGGGAUGAAGGUACUUCACGUGAGGAAACUGAUUCGUCGAAGAAGUUGAAAGCUGACGAUAAUGAUCUUAGGUGUGGCUGCCAAUGCGAAGUCAGAAAGUUUGAGCAUGGCUGUUAUACGAUGCUAACUGAUUUCAGCGAAAGCAAGCGCACAGAUAGCCCCUUCAUGCUCAGCGCUCAUUUUUACGUUUGCUCUGGUGAGUGGCUAAGCGACUGUGGAGGAAAAACGCACUACGUCGCAGAAGACGAGACGUUUCCGUUGAUAUCCAUCACGCCGCGGCGCUUUUCAUUGGCACUCGUCUACCAUGAUAACGAGACGUCGUAUUUCGUCGAAUACAUUAACAAAAUGGCGGAUAAGAUGGAAGAUGGAACAUUUUACGAAAUUAACCUUACGUACUACGAAAACGUUCAGUGA